AUGGCUUCCCUCGACUUCGCCCAAGCCAAUAUUAAACAGGCACAACACCAUGCCUCACCGUUGGUACCCAGGCUACCCAGCACCACGAGUGGUGACUUUGACACCGCCAACACGCCAGAGGUCCGCAAGUACCUCCGAACCUACGGCCUGACACCUCCAGCUGUUGAGAGCUUCGAGGUGCAAGCAAAGAGAUGUCUCAAUCUUCUGGCGCUGAAGCCGACGCCGAUUGAGAAAUACCAGUAUCUGACUCAUCUCCGGGCCACCAACGUCCACCUCUUCUACCGAUUACUCUCAGAAAAUAUCAAGGAAUUGACCCCCCUCAUCUACACCCCCACUGUUGGCGAAGCUUGCGUUCGGUGGUCAGAAAUUUACACGCAGCCCGAGGGCCUCUACCUCUCAUACACGGACAAGGGCAAUCUUCACACGAUCCUCCAAAACUGGCCUCACAAUGUCGAGAUUAGUGUCGUCACGGAUGGGUCGAGGAUUCUGGGUCUCGGAGACCUUGGUGUGAACGGUAUGGGUAUUCCAGUAGGAAAAUUGGCCCUCUACACCGCGUGCGCAGGCAUUCGGCCUACUGCGACACUGCCUCUCCAGCUGGAUCUGGGCACAAAUAACAAGGCUCUUUGGGAGGACCCCCUAUACAUGGGCAGCAGAGUGCCCAAGAUCUCCCCCGAAGAGGAGCGGGACUUCCUGGACGAGCUAAUGGCCGCCUUGACCGAGAAGUGGCCUGGAAUCGUGAUCCAGUUUGAGGAUUUCAAGAACCCCUUCCCAGCUCUCGAACGAUACCGCGAUACCUACACGUGCUUCAACGAUGACGUCCAGGGAACUGGUGCCGUGAUCGUUGGCGGUUUCAUCAACGCUGUUAGGCAUAGUGGCGUUCCUGCCAAGGGCCAUCGUGCUAUCUUCUUGGGGGCUGGUAGCGCUGGUGUAGGCGUCGCAAAGCAAAUUGUCGAAUACUUCAUGAAGGAAGGCUUGACGGAAGAUGAGGCCCGCAAGAAGUUCUGGUUUGUGGACUCAAACGGUCUCGUCACUUCAGAUCGUGGUGACAAGCUGGCGGACCACAAGGUCUAUUUCGCCCGGGAUGACAACGAGGGCAAGCAAAUACAGAGCUUGGGCCGUCUCAUCGAUUAUGUCAAGCCUACCAUCCUGAUGGGUCUCUCUACCAUUGGUGGAGCCUUCAACAGGGAUAUCCUCCAGCGAAUGGCCGCGCUAAACGAUAGGCCCAUCAUCUUCCCCCUGUCCAACCCAUCUUCCAAGUCGGAGUGCACCUUCGAGGAAGCCAUCAAGUAUACCGAGGGCCGAGCUCUGUUCGCCAGCGGCAGCCCCUUCCCCUCGUUGGACUUCGGUGGGAAGAAUCUCACUCCCGGCCAAGGUAACAACAUGUACGUGUUCCCUGGCAUUGGCCUCGGUGCCAUCCUCAGCAAGGCCGUCAGCGUCACCCAAGACAUGAUCUAUGCCUCCGCCGAAUCGCUCUCGACUGCUCUCAACCCCCAGGAGGUCGCCGACGGGUGGUUGUACCCCGACAUUCGCCGAAUCCGGGAAGUCAGCGUUACCGUUACCCGUGGUGUUAUCCGCGCUGCCCAGGACAACGGCGUCGACCGCGAGCUUGCCAUCCGUAACCUCACCGACGGCCAGCUCGACGAAUACAUCCGGGCCCGCAUGUACAACCCCUUCAACGAACGUGAGAACGUCGAAGACGAGGUUGCACAGCUCGUCGCUACAGCGAGCGGUCUUUCCCAGGAAACCAACGGCCACGCCACGAAUGGUGUCCGUGCUGCUGCCCACUUGUAG